CCUCUCCUGGCGUCCCUUCUUGUUGACACACAGAGCGCAGUCUCUGUGCUACCAACAUGAAGCUUGUCCUCCUUGCAUGUCUCUGUGCUUCCUUUGCUGGUGUCCUCCUGGCAGAAGAUGUAGACACGGAUAAAUUAGAGGUCCGCCUGGUGGAUGGUCCCAAUAAGUGCUCUGGGCGAGUCGAGGUGCUUCACAAGGAUACCUGGGGGACCGUGUGCGACGACGGCUGGGACCUGAGGGAAGCAAAGGUGGUCUGCAGGCAGCUGGGCUGUGGGACAGCGCUGUCAGCUCCUCGAGAGUCCAGAUAUGGAGAAGGGAAGGGCAAAGUCUGGUUGAGCGAGCUCAACUGCACGGGGAGAGAAGCUUCCCUUGCUGAAUGUGAGGCAAAGCCGUUAGGAGAGAACGUCUGCAACCACGUGGAAGACGCCAGUGUGGAGUGCUCGGAAAAUGAAGUAGCUGAGCCAGGGCCAAUCCGGCUGGUGGGCGGCCCAAACAGAUGUGCUGGCAGAGUUGAGGUGCUCCACGAAGAGCAGUGGGGCACCGUGUGCCACGACCGCUGGGAUAUGGACGAUGCCCAAGUGGUGUGCCGGCAGCUGGGGUGCGGGGAUGCGGUGCUGGCCCCCGUCGGAGCUAAAUUUGGGCGAGGAAUCGACACUAUCUGGCUGGAUGACGUCAACUGCAAUGGGACAGAAAAUACCAUCUCCGAAUGCCAGGCGAGGCCCUGGGGGGAACACAAUUGUUACCACGGGGAAGAUGCCGGUGCCAUUUGCUCAGACUCCGGGAUUACCGUGUCCACUUCUGUCCGCCUCGUGGACGGCCCCAGCCGCUGCUCCGGGAGAGUGGAGGUACUGCACAAGAACGUCUGGGGAACCGUGUGUGACGACGGCUGGGAUCUGCGGGAGGCAGGCAUCGUGUGCAAGCAGCUGGGCUGCGGGACGGCGCUGUCAGCCCCCCAAAAUUCCAAAUACGGAGAAGGGAAAGGCAGGAUCUGGUUGAGCGACCUGAACUGCACGGGGACAGAGGCGGCCCUCACCGAAUGCGAGGCGAAGCCUUUGGGAGAAAAUACCUGCAACCACGUGGAAGACGCCAGCGUGGAGUGCUCAGAUGUAGAUGUCCCUGAACUGGGACCAGUCCGGCUGGUGGACGGCCCAAACAGGUGUGCCGGGAGAGUUGAAGUGCUCCAUGACAAGCAGUGGGGCACCGUGUGCGAUGACGACUGGGACGUGAAGGACGCCAAGGCAGUGUGCAAGCAGGUUGGCUGUGGGUCGCCGCUGUCGGCGCCGGGAGCUGCUCGCUUCGGACGAGGGUCGGACAUCAUCUGGCUGGACGACGUGAACUGCACGGGGACGGAGGACAGCAUCUUCGACUGCCCCGCCAGGCCGUGGGGUGAACACAAUUGCUACCAUGGAGAAGAUGCCAGUGUGAUUUGUGCAGUUAACACGAACUUGGAGGAGCUGGAAGAAUCAUGAGAGCCUCAUUGGCCCCCAAGACCACGUUGACCUUGGAAAUGGACCGUCAAGACUCAACUGGAAGGGUAAAGGGGAAGGACGUCACAGAAGACCGAUGCGACGGGACUGGAUCCAUGGCUUGGCAAAACUGUCCUCUCAUCCCUUGGAGGAGCUGCAGACUCAGAUGUAAUUGCACUGAUGGAAAACCAAGCCAAGCAAAUCAUUCCCACUGGAAAGCAAACAUCACCAAACAUCAAUAAAGCUUC